AUGAGAUUGGUCCUGCAUUAUCUCAUACUCUUGGGAUCCAGUUGUGUCAUUUCGACAUAUGGGCCACAGCAGAGAGCACAGAAAACAGGCGAUAUUCUCCUUGGGGGUCUUUUCCCAAUGCACUUUGGCGUUACAUCCAAGGACCAAGAUCUAGCAGCUCGGCCGCAGUCUAUUCAGUGUGUCAGGUACAAUUUCCGUGGCUUCCGUUGGCUUCAGGCCAUGAUUUUUGCAAUUGACGAGAUUAACAACAGCAGUAGUCUGCUGCCCAACAUCACGCUCGGUUACAGGAUCUUCGACACCUGCAACACCGUGUCAAAGGCCUUGGAGGCUACUCUCAGUUUUGUCGCUCAAAACAAGAUCGACUCCCUCAAUUUAGAUGAGUUUUGUAACUGCACGGCUCACAUCCCAUCAACUAUCGCGGUAGUAGGAGCAUCCGGAUCUGCAGUGUCUACGGCGGUUGCCAAUUUACUCGGACUAUUUUAUAUUCCCCAGAUCAGCUAUGCCUCUUCCAGCCGUCUGCUGAGUAACAAGAACCAGUACAAGUCCUUCAUGAGAACCAUCCCCACAGAUGAGCACCAGGCCACAGCCAUGGCAGACGUCAUUGAAUAUUUCCAGUGGAACUGGGUCAUUGCAGUGGCCUCUGAUGAUGAGUAUGGACGUCCCGGUAUUGAAAAGUUUGAGAAAGAGAUGGAGGAGCGAGACAUCUGCAUCCAUCUAAAUGAACUUAUUUCUCAGUAUUAUGAGGAUCAUGAAAUCCAAGGCUUGGCUGACCGAAUUGAGAACUCAACUGCUAAAGUAAUUGUUGUUUUUGCCAGCGGCCCUGAUGUUGAGCCCCUAAUCAUAGAAAUGGUUAGGCGAAACAUCACCGACCGUAUCUGGUUAGCCAGUGAAGCUUGGGCAAGCUCUUCCCUCAUUGCCAAACCAGAAUAUCUUGAUGUUAUGGCCGGGACUAUUGGCUUUACUUUAAGGGCUGGCCACAUACCUGGUUUCAAGCAGUUCUUGCAACAAGUGCACCCAAAGAAAUAUAGUCAAAAUGAAUUCGUCAAGGAGUUUUGGGAAGAAACCUUCAACUGUUAUCUGGAGGAUAGCUUGAGACUCCAGGAGAGUGAGAAUGGCAGCACUAGUUCCAGACCAUUGUGCACUGGAGAGGAAGACAUCACGAGUGUUGAAACCCCCUAUCUGGACUAUACGCACCUUCGUAUCUCCUACAAUGUUUAUGUGGCAGUUUAUUCAAUUGCGCAGGCCCUGCAGGACAUACUCACAUGCAAGCCUGGAUAUGGUCUUUUUUCUAACAAAUCAUGUGCCGAUCUAAAAAAAGUGGAAGCCUGGCAGGUGCUGAAGCAGCUGAGGCAUGUGAACUACACCAACAGCAUGGGGGAAAAGGUGCGCUUUGGUGAGAAUGCGGAUUUGGUGGGAAACUACAUCAUCGUAAACUGGCACAGGUCUGCAGAAGAUGCGUCUGUGGUGCUUGAGGAAGUCGGUUACUAUAACAUUCAUGCUAAGAAAGGAGCCAAACUGUUCAUCGACAAGACAAAGGUUCUAUGGAACGGAUACAGCUCUGAGGUGCCAUUUUCUAACUGCAGUGAGGACUGUGACCCUGGCACCAGAAAAGGCAUCAUAGACAGCAUGCCCACAUGCUGUUUCGAAUGCACCGAAUGCUCGGAUGGAGAAUACAGCAAUCACAAAGAUGCCAGUGUUUGCACCAAGUGCCCAAAUAACUCUUGGUCAAAUGAGAAUCACACCUUCUGUUUCCUGAAAGAAAUUGAGUUUCUCUCCUGGACGGAGCCCUUUGGGAUAGCCUUGGCCAUAUUUGCAGUGCUAGGAGUCAUCUUGACAACCUUUGUGAUGGGUGUAUUUGUUAGAUUUCGCAACACCCCGAUAGUGAAGGCCACAAACAGAGAACUUUCGUACCUCCUCCUCUUCUCACUCGUGUGCUGCUUCUCCAGCUCGCUCAUCUUCAUCGGUGAGCCGCAAGACUGGACUUGCCGUUUACGCCAACCGGCCUUCGGGAUAAGUUUUGUUCUCUGUAUUUCCUGCAUCCUAGUGAAAACCAACAGAGUGCUUUUGGUAUUUGAAGCCAAGAUACCCACCAGUCUCCAUCGGAAAUGGUGGGGGUUAAACCUGCAGUUUCUGUUGGUGUUUCUGUGCACAUUUGUCCAAGUAAUGAUAUGCGUGGUUUGGCUUUAUAAUGCCCCUCCAGCCAGCUACAGGAACCAUGACAUUGAUGAAAUCAUCUUUAUUACCUGCAAUGAAGGUUCUGUAAUGGCUCUAGGUUUUUUGAUUGGCUAUACGUGCCUGCUAGCGGCCAUAUGCUUCUUCUUUGCAUUCAAAUCACGUAAAUUACCGGAAAACUUCACGGAGGCCAAGUUUAUAACUUUCAGCAUGCUUAUUUUCUUCAUUGUGUGGAUCUCAUUCAUCCCUGCUUAUUUUAGUACCUAUGGCAAGUUUGUGUCAGCUGUGGAGGUCAUUGCUAUACUGGCAUCCAGCUUUGGACUGCUGGCCUGCAUCUUUUUCAACAAGGUCUACAUCAUCCUGUUCAAACCUUCCCGGAACACCACCGAGGAAGUCCGGUGCAGCACUGCAGCCCAUGCAUUUAAAGUGGCUGCUAAAGCAAACCUUAAACAUAACACAGUUUCUCGAAAACGCUCCAUCAGCUCUGGGGGGUCCUCGGCCUCAACCCCCUCCUCAUCCAUCAGCCUCAAGACCAAUGGCAAUGACUGUGACCCAACCUCAGGAAAGCAGAGAAUCCAUAAGCCGAGGGUAAGCUUUGGAAGUGGAACCGUCACCCUGUCCUUGAGCUUUGAAGAGUCAAGAAGAAAUUCAGUGAUGUCAUAA